AUGGGGUCGUCAUUGUCCAGGACGGAGGAGAAUCUACGGAAAGUUGAAGAGCAAUGGCUGGAAAAUAAAAUCAUCCUCCAGGCUCUACUCAAAAGGGUGGAGGAAUUAGAGCUAGACGCGUCCUAUCCGUAUGAGCAUGAGAAUACUGAAAAAACGGAUGAUUCUCUUGGAAGUUCGACAAUGAGUGAUGUGGAAGUCCCUGAAUUGGAGAAAAGCGUAGGAAACUCUAUUAGUACGGUCAGUGACGAAGAGCCAGAAGAGCUGGAAGAAAAACUCAAAAGAAUGGACAGAGAGUUCCGGAUAGCUUUCGAACAAAGACAGGCGGUGCAAAUGGAAGAGAUAAAUCGAAUUCGCAGAGAGAGGGAGGAAAUGGAGAGAGGAAUGAAUAACUAA